AUAUGCUUUCAAUAUCUUCGGUCCGUACAAGUAACUAUUCCUAAUCCAGAGCUUAACGUCGAUGAAGGUCUACCAUCCGCUCAAUGCCACCCUUUUGGGUGCAUUAAUACUCCAGGUUGAUGCAGGCCAGUCGCAUGAAUCGUAUACGGAGCCAUACCGGCCUCAGUAUCACUACAGCCCGGCCAAAAACUGGAUGAACGAUCCCAAUGGCCUCGUAUAUGAUAAUUGCACCUACCAUCUGUAUUAUCAAUACAAUCCAGGCGGGGAUACAUGGGGAGCAAUGUCCUGGGGCCACGCCACGAGUAGUGACCUUACUCAUUGGAAAGAACAGCCUGUUGCUCUACUCGCGCGAGGAUUCCCAGAUGACAUUACUGAGAUGUUUUUCUCUGGAUCUGUUGUCAUUGAUGAACGUAAUACCAGUGGUUUUGGUAGCGAUGGAAAGAUUCCGUGGAUUUCCAUGUAUACGUCUUCUUACCCUGUAGAACAAGUAUUGCCAAGUGGAAAGCAAGUUCGCGCAAACCAGCAAGGGCAGUCUAUUGCCUACAGUCUCGAUCAGGGAGAAACGUGGACCACGUACGAUGAGGCCAACCCAAUCAUUCUCGAACCCCCUGCCCAAUACCAGGAUCAAUGGGAAAACUUCCGUGAUCCGAAUGUCUUUUGGCACGAGCAGACUCAACAAUGGGUGGUUAUUAUGAGUCUUGCCAACAUUCAUAAGCUGCUCAUAUACACAUCCCCGAAUCUGAAGGAAUGGACUUUGGUGAGCGUGUUUGGGCCACUCAACGCUGUGGGCGGCCAGUGGGAGUGUCCUAGUCUCUUCCCGUUGCCAGUCAAUAAUGACGAAUCAAAUAUCAAAUGGGUUCUUGUUGUGGGCCUCAAUCCUGGAGGUCCUCCAGGGACUGUGGGAUCGGGAACUCAGUACUUUUUGGGCGAUUUUAACGGGACUACAUUUACGGCAGAUGUGGGCAGUAUCUCGGCUCCCUCGAAUGACACCGCCAACUGGUUCGAUAGAGGUCCGGAUUUCUACGCUGCCAUUGGUUACAAUGGCCUUCCAGAGUAUGAGCGGACGCUCAUUGGAUGGAUGAAUAAUUGGCAAUACGGGCAAUCGAUACCGACGAGUCCCUGGCGCAGCGCAAUGAGUAUUCCUCGUUACCUGUCGUUGAGAACAAUUGGCCAGAAGACGGCACUGGUUCAAACACCCCAAGAAAACUGGGCUUCUAUCGCUGAGGAGGCUAUCGUAUCAGCGUUCCCUUCAGUGGCUGACGUUCAUGAACUGGGUGAUAUUGGAAAAGCACUCGAAAUCCAGUUGACCUUCUCCAGCAGAGAGACUGCACCGGGUGCAGUCCAAGGAAGCUCCGAGUCUGGAAUCAGCAUCCGAGCCUCCGAGGACUUCAGUCAACAGACACGGGUUGGAUACGACUUCGCCACGAAGCAGGCAUUCGUUGAUCGGACUCAAUCAGGGAAUGUCUCUUUCGACAGCACGUUCGCAAGUGUCUACUUUGCUCCUCUUUCACCAGCUCCAGAUAACACAGUGUCUUUACGUAUUUUUGUAGAUUGGUCAAGCGUGGAGGUCUUUGGAGGGCAGGGAGAGAGCACGAUAACAGCUCAGAUAUUCCCUCCCGACAAUGCUACGUAUGCCAGGCUUUUCUCUACUGGUGGAAGUACAGAUAAUGUGCAGGUUCGCAUUAGUAAGGUGCGUUCCACAUGGGCAUAGGACUUGAAGAUUGGGGCCAUACAAUUUCUAUACUGUCUGUGGGCUCGGUAGCUCCCUAGUUAUAUGUCAGAUGCGACAGCUGCUAUGGCCCUGUUCUUCUAUAUUGACGCCUUUCGUAAAGAAACAGUUACUUGCAUUGGAAGCACCCUUCAUCACACUAUGAAUCCUCAGUAGGACUUUCAUCAUCUCGUAGCCCUAUUCAGUACCUAGGGUAGGGCUAGGGCUAGUGCUAGGGUUGGCAUUAGGGUUAGGGUUAAAAAAACCAAGACGUGCCAAGCAUAUCGGAAGGUCUUCUUUUUUUCCCUCGGAUUGAUUGACGAACAUUUAAAUGUUUUAAGUAUUUCGUGAUAUCUUCAAUAGCAUUCAUAUAUUCUCUC